UAAAAAAUGUUGGUUCCUGCUAUAAUGCGCCUUCCCUUUCAGUGAGCUUUGGAUUCUUCUCAUGCUCUUGGGUUUCGAGCUCACGCCCUCCCUCCUCUCCUCUCUCUCUGCUCACUUUCUCUCUCUACAUUUUCUCUGUCUGUAUCUGUUGGUGUUCUCCUUUUGUAUGGCACGAGGUCGAGAACAGAGAGCGGACUUGAGUGAUACUGUUCUUCGAACCUUUUCUUCAAGAUUCCCCAUUCUGUGCUUCGUAUGUUUUGAUCUUCCCAAACCCCAGUGAGUUCUUUCUUUUUGGUGCAGAACAAAUAUACAUUAUUAGCUCAGGAGCAUUUGCAGUUAAUUUCUUUAAUCUGUCUGUGACAGUUUUUAUGUCAGCACCAUUUGUUUUUUUGGUGACUUCAAAGGGAACAGUUUGAGUUUUUAGCAGACCCAUUUGGGUUUUUUUAUUAAUUAUUUUUUAAAGGUUUUUUUGGUCGUAUAAUAUGGAGAUUUUGAAAGUGGGUACUAUUGCUUAGUGUUGUUCUUGUCUUUGGUUGAGUUUUUGGCUCACCAAAUAUGACAAAGCAUGUAGUGUAAGAACAGUAGAUUUGGAGUGUGGAGUGGCUAAGGGUUUUGUUUUGUUGAUUUUUGAUGUGAAGGCUAAUUUGGGUUAGUGAAAUUUGAAAAAUCGGAAAAAGAAGCGCACCCAUGCAAUUUUUUUGGAACAGCUUAAUGGAUUUGUGAAUUAGGUAUUUGAUUUUUUUUUUUCGGUUAUAGAGACCCGUUUGGCUGAAUGAAGUUGGGAAAAGGCCGGGGUUGAAAUCCCAUUCACAUGGUAAUAUUUGUUACAAAUUUGUUGGGUUUAUGAGUUUUCUGCAGACUUGAAACUGAAACUUGUUGGUUUUGUUGGAAUUAGCUGGAGUAGGAGAGGAAGUGACUGUAAUAACCGGUGGAUUUAGGGUGUGGAGUAUCUUCUGGUUGUGUUCUUUGGGUAUGAAGAUCAUUUGAGCUGAACAAAAAUCCAAAAAAAUUGUUUGCAUUUGAAUUUCACGAGGAUUAGCUAUUUUUACCAGUUCGAUCUAUAUGAUACAGCAAUACAUGAAAUUUAACCUGCAUUGCGGUUUAUUUCCUUCGAUCUAUAUGAUACAGCAAUACAUGAACUUGAACCUGCAUUUGGGUUUAUUUCCUCUAUUGGAAAUACAAAGUUAACUAACGCAGGUGAAACUCUUUGUUUACCGAUCUCCAUACUGAAGAAAUGGGUUGUAUUUUAUCGAAAAUAGAUGUAGAAGAGAGGAUGCAGAAUUGCAAGGAGAGGAAGAGGUUAAUGAAACAAUUGGUUGGAUUGAGAGGAGAAUUUGCUAAUGCGCAGAUGGCUUAUUUGAGAUCACUGAAAAAUACUGGAGUAACCCUUCGCCAGUUAACAGAAUCAGAGUCACUGGAACUAGAAACUACCCCUUUUGGCCUUGCAUUGCCUCCCUCACCGCCUCCACCUUUGCCUCCUUCCCCUCCACCACCACCCGUUUUUAGCCCUGAUUUGAGGAAGUUCUAUGAUGACCAAAAGGUGGCAGUUGCCCAAGAGGAAAUAGUAGAGAUUGAUGAGGAUAAUGAGUGCACACCACCACCACCUCCAAUUCCAAGCUCAACAUGGGAUUUUUGGGAUCCUUUUUGUCCUCCUUCGCCCUAUUUUGAGAAGAAAAGUGAAACGGUGGAGCCGGAUGAGGAGGAAAAUUGGGUGGAGGCUAGUUCUGAGUUCGUGGAUGAUAAUCAAGAAGCGGAAGUUGUCAUCAAUAAUGUUGUAAAUGUGAUUCCAGAGAAGCGAAAGACUGUUGAGUUGGUUGAUGAUAAUUCAUCAAUGGUGAGCUGGCACACUAAAGACACUACUGAUAUGGCCAUGGUAGUCUGGAGGAGCAAAAAGACCUUUGCUGGAAUUGUUAAGGAGUUAGAUGAUUACUUCCUGAAAGCAUCAGCUGGUGGAAGGGACAUAGCUGUUUUUAUGGACAUCAACCUGGGUGACACAUUCCAUUUUCAGAAUUCCAAAGAGAAUAAGAGGAAGAGGUACAAUUCUUCGAAGGUCUUUAGUGCAUUGGCAUGGAGUUGGUCUUCUAAAUCGUAUCAGUUAACAAGAGAUGCCUUAGAGUUAUAUGGUCACAUUGAACCCUGCACACCUGGAGCUCAUUGCAUCACACUUGCAAAACUAUACGCUGAGGAGCAGAAGCUCUACAAGCAGUUGAAGGAGGAAGAGGUUACCAAAUUCGAGCAUGAAAGGAAAUCUUUACUACUACAAAAAGAAGAAGAUGAAAAUCAUGAUUGGACCAAGACUGAGAAAACUCGAUUAAGUGUUGAGACUUUGCAAUCAGAUAUUAUUCAUCUGCAGCAAUCAAUUAGUAGGACCUGUUCAUCAAUUUUGAAGCUCAUAGAUGAUGAGCUGCAUCCUCAGCUGGUUGCAUUAAUUUCUGGGCUUAUGCAUGUGUGGAGGACAAUGUACCAGUGUCAUCAAGUUCAGAAUCAUAUUUCUCAGCAACUGAAUCAUAUAAGUGAUCAACAAAGCAUGGACCCAACUACUGACUACCAUCGCCAUGCUGCCGCUCAGCUGAAAACUGAGGUCAAUUUCUGGUACAUCAUCUUCUGCAAACUCAUUAAAUCUCAACAGGAGUAUGUAAGAACCGUUUAUAGGUGGAUCCAACUCACUGCCUGCCUUAUGGAUGACUGUCAACUAAGUGUUAGUUCAUCUGCAUUGUGUACCCUUUGUGAAGAAUGGCAGCUUGCCCUUGACAGGUUACCUGAUAAGGUAGCUUCCGAAGCCAUUAAGAACCUUUUGGCAGUUAUCCACUCCAUAAUGUUGCAGCAGCAAGAGGAACUCAAUCUGCAGAAAAAAUCUGAAAAGCUUGAGAAAAAAUUGCAAAGGGAGUUAAAGUCAGUAGCUGAAAUGGAGAUAAAGUUCGAGGGAAGCAUUUCCAUUGAAGAUGCACAAGCUGUUUUGGGCCCAAAGCAUCCUUUAUCUGUUAAGCGUGCUAAAAUUGGGGUCUUGAGAAAGCAGGUAGAUGAUGAGAAGGCCAAGUAUAUCAACUCGGUGCAGGUUACCCGGGCUAUGACACUAAAUAACCUAAAAACAAGCCUCCCCAAUGUCUUCCAGUCAUUGAUGGGGUUUUCAAGCACUUGUAGCCAGAGCUUUGAGGCUAUUCUUCUCCGUGCCAGACCAGCUGAUCGAGCUGACCGUUGUGAUGCAUCGUUAAGCCCAACGUGUUGAACAUGUUAGUUCAUGGGAAGAAGCAGGGAAGUAGUUAAAUCUUGUUUCAGGGCUUAGGUUGGCAUAUUGGUCUAUGGUGCCAAGUUCUAUAGAAUUUAACACACAAUGUUGGUGCAAUUUUAUGUUUAAUCUUAAUGCUUUGUGGCUGACUACAAAGAAAUUACGGUGUUUAUCAAUAUGAAAGGUGGAAGUAGGAUUCUGAUAGUAGUUUUGUACUCUCUCUCACACACACACUGACACACACACAACCUCUGUGUACUUCGCAUCUUCAAGUCAGUUUAACAAUUUGUUUAUUUCUCGAGUUUUUCUCAUUUAA